AUGUGGAAUAAUGAUGAUUUUCGGCUUCGCUGGUAUCCUAACCAGAUUGUACACCGGUGGCUAUUUAAGGAGAGUGCAUUGACCCUCUACGGGAUCGCCUGCGGAUGCCACUUUUUCAAGCUACAGUACAAUGGGCGAUCAAAUCAACUGGAGGAGGUCCGAUACCAUCGAACGUGGUCCAAGAUUGUAAUUGCCAUCAAGGUUUGCCUACUGACUAGCCAAUAUCUACUCUAUAUGGUGUUCGUUAUGGCCAUAUACAUCCAAGCCAGUUUGGUCAACGGCAGCGCUGUUCAGAGCUUCGUAUUGAGUGCUAUAAUUCAGGGCAUAAGUAUUAACGUCCUGCGGCGCCUGUUGAUGUUUCUGCACUUGAAAGGGGAUCGGAGGUGUGUGAAGCAUAUAUUGAACGAGAUCCUGCUAAUUACCAGCGAGAUCGAGCGAAAGAUCGGUAUGGUCUACAGCUGCGAUACCGUGCUGCUGGGAGUUUACUUGCGCAAACUGUGGUUACUUUACAUCCUGCUGGACUCCCUCUGGAACAAGCCCUACUUCCUGGUACUCAACUUUCUCUACUGGGUGCUGAUGGAGUACUGCUUCGCCGGAUAUUUCCUGUACCAGCUAGUUGUGCUCAACUGGUAUCGCACUAUCACCCUGUUCUUGAAGCGGUUCAUCGAGAGCAACGGGAGUCGGCAGGACAUUGAGGGCAUCUGCUAUAGGCGAUUGUUCCUGCUCUUCCAGCUGCAUCUUCGCAUUAGCCGCUUGCAUAAAUUCAUUACGGAAAAUCUGUCCUGGCUGUCAUCAUAUUUCCUGAUGAUCUUCACUUGCAUCUUCAACAUGGAACUCCUACUGGAGUGCAGUCUAUUUGCCGAGGAUGAGCUCGAAAACAAGAUCUACAUCAUCGCGGACGGUUGUUUGGGGCCAAGGAAUGUGUUGCACACAAGUGGCGCCAUCUACCGACAAUUUAAAUUUAGUCCGAUUUGA